GCUGUCUGACAAGUCAUCUGGCCACUCCCUUACUGACCAAUUAACUCGCAUGGCUGAGAAUGACUAUCUACUUAGCGGUGGCCUUGAAGGUAUUGGUUCUACUGGAAAGAAGUGUGAAGUCGCUCGCCGAAGAAAUGGUUUAGAUACCAACAAGCGAAAGAAAGCAAAAAAAGGGCAACCUGAUGCAAUAGAUGGUGGGCCAACAGGAAGAGAGUUGAAUAUCGGACAAGCAAGUUUCCAUUCAGAACCGAGCAACGCUUCAAACCAGUUCAUCCCAGACCAAUUGAUGCAGGGACAUUAUGUGCUUGACCACAAUUUCGGGCCAGGUAGCUCGCAGAACCUUCACGACAAUCUGAACCAAUUCGAUCAGGCUUCCUCGGCUCCUACCUUGCAACAGCAGCCGUUUACCGGGAAUGGUCAACUGACCCAGUUUGUGGAGCCAACCCCCCAGAUUGACCAUCAGAAUGGCGAUGAGGGUCAGUCGUCAAUACCAGUGUGGGAUUUUCUUUGA